CCUCUCUCACGAGUUGGCUAAUAGAUCGUCUCCCAAGCUAGCAGGUGCACACUGCAACAUCCCCCAUGUGAUCCCAUAGGAAGUUUUGGAGCAGCUACUCGAUCCUUUAUAGCAUAAUUUUUGGCACUAUAGUGUUGAACAUGAGGUAGACUGGUAUAGAGCUCAGAACCAAUUUCGUUAGGAUAAGUCUACCCAUCAUAAAUAACAAGAUCGCCCUCUAGCCCUGAAUCAACCAGAACCCACGAUGAUAUUCGACAUUUCGCUCGUGUAUGUUUCUCGGUCUCGGGCCACCACCGAGAUUGACGAGAUCUCCGGUAUUAAAAACCGUGUCUGAGAUGCCGCACAAGGGAUCGGCGGAACUCGCUUGCCAUCUGCGGCUUCCUCUGCCUUUGAGCGGCCACGAGAGAAAGAUGCAGAAAGAAGACGAAGCUGACGAUACCCUCUUCUUGGACGAAUCUUUCUUCGUCAAUCGCGACUAUGAUCUCACCACUUUUACAUUUGGGUCUCAUGUUCUUAAUCUCUUCUGCCUUCGUUCUGCUUCUACUGACUACGAUCUUACAGGCCAAUUAGUAUGGCCAGGUGCAGUGUUGUUGAACAAUUACCUCUCAAAGAAUGCUGAAAUACUUGAAGGGCAUUCAGUGAUUGAACUAGGAUCUGGAGUUGGUAUUACUGGCAUAUUGUGCAGUCGAUUCUGCCGAGAGGUUGUCUUAACUGAUCAUAAUGAAGAUGUUCUUGAGAUCAUGAAGAAAAACAUAGAAAUCCAUUUAUCUUCUUCAGAACCAAGUUCUCCAGGUUUGACAGCUGAGAAACUGGAGUGGGGAAAUAGUGUUCAGAUCAGUGAAAUCUUACAAAAGCAUCCGGGGGGAUUUGAUCUAGUUCUUGGAGCUGAUAUUUAUAUCCUGUCCAGCAUUCCUCUUCUUUUCAAUACGGUGGAGAAGCUUCUCCAUUUUCAGGAAGGCAAAUGCAGAUUCAUACUGGCUUAUGUGUCUCGAGCUAAGAGGUAAUUCAUGUACUUUUGGGAUUAUAAUGAUCAUAUUCAGAGAUUAUGCAGUUGCAAACUGGACUGGUAUCUAGCUUAU